GCUGUCGACCUUUGGAGGCAGCUGCUGGGAUUGUGUGACACCCAGGCCAUGGGAGAUAUGGAUAGGGCGGUGCAGAGUGGAGGCAGAGUCAUUCCCAGGAGUGUAGCAGACAACGCGGUCGACACCAUGCGGGAGUAUGACCGGCACGACCUCGCCAUCCUGACGAUAGGACUGGUGGAGUUGGUGAGAAGGCUCAUGGCCGAAGGAGCACAGAUCCUCGCAGCCUCAGAAGAGGACCUGGUGGAAGUGGAGGUGGAGAGGGCGGACGGCCACAGCUUGAUGCAAACCUCCAAGACCGCUUGCCGGAAGACCUUUCGG